CCUCAGUCACAGAGCAGCUGCAGCGGCCGAGAGGAGCGGAGACAACCGGGGAGAGGAGAGUAGAACCGGGGGAGAGAACCGGAGAGAGGAGAGUAGAACCGGGGGAGAGCACCGGAGGAUCUGUCGGUGGGAUCACGGGGCGAAGGACCGAGGCACCGCAGAGGACACGGGGAGCAGCUGCAGCUGAGGCCGGUGAAGGGCUGUGAUCGUCGGGCUCGUUUCAGCGCUGACACCGUUCAACUGUGGAGCUCCGUCUCGACGGUGAACACGCGUGAGGAGAAUAACAAUGAUCCUGACUGCGUCCUGCUGAGGGACGCAGCGGGGACAUCCACACCGGGGACACACCGGGGACAUCCACAUCCACACCGGGGACAUCCACAUUCACCUCAGGGCCAGAGACACAGAGGACAUCGCCCCGUGGCCAGGGACGCACCCGGCUGGGCACAUCCUGGGGCCCGGCCCCCCCUGAGGAGUUCUACACCCUGAACACAGGAUUGAAUGAGCGACUGUCUCUUUCCCACACUCCUCCAGUGAGACGCUGACCAUGGGGAACAGCUUCUCCAACAUCUCGGCCUUCCAGUCCCUGCACAUCGUGAUGCUGGGGCUGGACUCGGCCGGGAAGACCACCGUCCUGUACCGACUCAAGUUCAACGAGUUCGUCAACACGGUCCCGACGAUCGGCUUCAACACCGAGAAGAUCAAGCUGAGCAACGGCACGGCCAAGGGCAUCAGCUGCCACUUCUGGGACGUGGGGGGCCAGGAGAAGCUGAGGCCCCUGUGGAAGUCGUACAGCCGCUGCACCGACGGCAUCAUCUACGUGGUGGACUCCGUGGACGUGGACCGGCUGGAGGAGGCCAAGACGGAGCUGCACAAGGUCACCAAGUUCGCAGAGAACCAGGGGACGCCGCUGCUGGUCAUCGCCAACAAGCAGGACCUGCCCAAGUCCCUGCCGGUGGCGGACAUCGAGAAGCAGCUGGCCCUGCACGAGCUGGCCCCCGCCACCACCUACCACAUCCAGCCGGCGUGCGCCAUCAUCGGCGAGGGGCUGCACGAGGGCAUGGACAAGCUGUACGAGAUGAUCCUGAAGAGGAGGAAGUCCCUGAAGCAGAAGAAGAAGCGGUAGCGUUUGGAUUAAAGCUGUGAAUCUGCUCUAACACAUGAGAACCUGAAGGACUCAAGCGUGGAGGUGAUGAGGAACAGCCGGCCUGAUCUCAUCCACCGGACGUGAACCGUGGACACACACCACUGGGUUCUUCUGGGGUCGGGGGGGUCCUGCAGACGUGUCUUCUGCUGGACGUUGAGGGAGACGUGUCUCCUGCUGGACGUUGAGGGAGACGUGUCUCCUCCUGGACGUUGGGAGACGUGUCUCCUGCUGGACGUUGAGGGAGACGUGUCUCCUCCUGGACGUUGGGAGACGUGUCUCCUCCUGGACGUUGAGGGAGACGUGUCUCCUGCUGAACGUUGGGAGACGUGUCUCCUGCUGGACGUUCAGAGAGACGUGUCUCCUGCUGGACGUUGGGAGACGUGUCUCCUCGUGGACGUUGAGGGAGACGUGUCUCCUCCUGGACGUUGAGGGAGACAUGUCUCCUCCUGGAUGUUGGGAGACGUGUCUCCUCGUGGACGUUGAGGGAGACGUGUCUCCUCCUGGACGUUGGGAGACGUGUCUCCUGCUGGACGUUGGGAGACGUGUCUCCUCGUGGACGUUGAGGGAGACGUGUCUCCUCCUGGACGUUGAGGGAGACGUGUCUCCUCCUGGACGUUGAGGGAGACGUGUCUCCUCCUGGACGUUGGGAGACGUGUCUCCUCGUGGACGUUGAGGGAGACGUGUCGCCUCGUGGACGUUGAUGGAGACGUGUCUCCUCCUGGACGUUGAGGGAGACGUGUCUCCUCCUGGACGUUGGGAGACGUGUCUCCUCCUGGACGUUGAGGGAGACGUGUCUCCUCCUGGACGUUGGGAGACGUGUCUCCUCGUGGACGUUGAGGGAGACGUGUCUCCUCGUGGACGUUGGGAGACGUGUCUCCUCCUGGACGUUGAGGGAGACGUGUCUCCUCGUGGACGUUGGGAGACGUGUCUCCUCGUGGACGUUGAGGGAGACGUGUCUCCUCGUGGACGUUGAGGGAGACGUGUCUCCUCGUGGACGUUGGGAGACGUGUCUCCUCGUGGACGUUGAGGGAGACGUGUCUCCUCCUGGACGUUGGGAGACGUGUCUCCUCCUGGACGUUGAGGGAGACGUGUCUCCUCCUGGACGUUGGGAGACGUGUCUCCUCCUGGACGUUGGGAGACGUGUCUCCUCGUGGACGUUGAGGGAGACGUGUCUCCUCGUGGACGUUGGGAGACGUGUCUCCUCGUGGACGUUGGGAGACGUGUCUCCUCCUGGACGUUGGGAGACGUGUCUCCUCGUGGACGUUGAGGGAGACGUGUCUCCUCGUGGACGUUGGGAGACGUGUCUCCUCGUGGACGUUGGGAGACGUGUCUCCUCGUGCUGGACACACUGACACACUUUGCACUUUUCAUUUCCUGACGAACACAGAUCCAGGUUCAUGUACACGGAAACAGAAGUGAAGUAUUUUUUGAAUAUUAAAACAGUUAAAAUCC